AUGAGUUUAUUUUGGGGAUCUAAGUCAAAAAAGAAGUCAGAAUCUGCUUUGGAUGAGAAUCCCGAAGAGGGUAGUGCAACGCCGGCAACAGAUUCAACCACACCACAAGUUGAUGGAGCGGAUGAAGCUAUUGUCGUACCUCACAAGGUACACUAUACCAUUCCUGAAUAUCCUCGUGUUAUUGAGAGAGAAGUAGGAGAGUGUCAAGGGAAUAGAACUAAAUUACUUAACGAACUGGCAAGUUCUGAUAAUAUGGGUAUUGGACCAGCGGAUUUGGUUCAUAUCAAUUUCACUGAUAAGUCGCACAAGACAGAAUUCGGUCAAUUCUUUUAUAUCACUGGUCUUGAUAUUGGUAGCAAGGAUGUACCAAAACAAUUUAUCACUUCACUAAAGGAAAACAUUAAGGAAACUUUAAAGAAGGAUAUGAAUGUCAUCGUGACGUACUGUUGUGUAAACAUGUUUAGCAACAUUGAUAUCAGAAUCCGGUGCGAUGUGGAUGGAUCAUUUCAAUUCAAUGCUGUCGAUUGCAUUAACAGUACUACGAAUGAUCAAUUGGAUGACCAACUAUGGGAUGAAAUCUUUGUCAGUUGCUGCAUUAGAAGUUUGAUAAUGAAUACAGAUUUAGAGAGAAAGUUCCCUGGGUUAGUAGAAUAUCCAUUGGCAUUUGAAAGUGGGGGUUUGAUCAGUUGUCAAAACCUUGUCACUAAGCUUUGUAAAUUUUUACCCCGUUGUUUGGAAAGUGGAUGGGAUCUUUCCAAGAGCAUUCAUCCAACCAUUUUACACAAUUACUUAAUGGAAAGUUUAUUACUAUUUCUUAAUAUCAUUCCUGGCAAAUUAAUAGAAUUCACAUUGGAUCUACUUGAUAGUUUGAUGGCUGAAGAUUCAGAAAAUGAACUUUACUACAAUAUUGCAAAAAUUGCUGUCAUGGAACAAGAUGGUGAGAUGGAAUCACAAAUGAUUGUAGCCUUAAACCAAACUUUGAAUUUAUUACUUCCUGCCAUUGAUAAACUUGCACCUCGUGAUAUUGAUUCUUUCCAAUUAUUAAACUGCGUCUCUUCGUUAUUGAAUCUUCAAGCAAAAUUUUUAAACAAUAGGAAAGACUUUGAAUUAUCACUAGCUGUGUGCAAAAUUUCUACGGAAUUAUCAUUAGAUUCCUUUGAUUCUUGGUACUAUUUAGCCAAAGCUUAUGUUGAAGUCGGCAAAUUUAAGGAGGCGUUAACUGCAAUUAAUUCAAUGCCCCAUCUACUACCAGUAGAUAGAUCCAAACAAGCCAUGAUUCAAAAUUUUAUGUCGAGAGAUUACUACAAGAAGCCACUAAGUGAUAGUAACCCAGCUUGUGAUUUAACCCCACAAGAGCUUCAUUCACUAGGUAACACAAUGAAACAAUUUAAAGAAAAAGAGUUACGUAGAAUGACGUUUGGGAGGAUUGUAAUGGUGAACAAUUCUAAGAGAGGGUAUAUGGAAGACAUCUGGGAAGAAUCAUGCUUAGAUUUCGGCCCCAUUUAUGGUCCUCAAAGUUGCAACCUAAUUAAUUUUGUCGCACCCACCGAAGUAGAACGACUUAUUCAUAUGAAUUUAUUGGCAAGGAAUGUAGUGGCCAAUAAAUUAUCAUUUUUUGAAUCCAGAAUCUAUCAAUUAUUGAUGAAAAUGAUUUCUUUGACCAACUGGAAUGAAUUGUUACGAUUAAGAAAAGAAGUAUUUGUAAUGGAAUCGGAAUUUCAAACUGAUGACAAAAUAAUUCACCGGAACGCUGGUAUCAUUCCAUUAGAUAUCCGUAAAAAGAGAAUUAGUGAAAAAUGGCUUGAUAAGCUUUUUGCAGAUUUAUUUGAAGAUAUCACAAUCAAUCAAAUCCAAUUAGACCAGUCAGAGAUCCAAUACAGUGCCUUGGAAUGGGAAUUAUUUGCACUAAAUUACUCUAGAACUUGGAAUUGGCAAGAAGCAAUCAAGUGCCUAAGAACCACACUGGACAUGAGGUUUGAUAUUAUAAGUUGUGAAAAGAUUCUCCUCUUGUAUUUGCAUAGAAAUCUCGAACUAGAAAGCACUGUAAGCACCGAUACAAUCUUGGAAUGGUUGAUGAAAAAGGUAUCCUACGAAUCAAGAUUUUACAAUGAUUUCCAAGUCUUCAACCAUCAAGUCCUCCGGAAACUGGUACGUGGAAUGGGUGUUGAUAUAACCAGAAGUAAAGUUAUGGCAAUGCCCGAAGCAGAAAGUGGUAUAGGUCGUACCAUGAACGAUAUGAUCACGAUGAUAGCAAAAUCUGGUCAAUUGGAGAACCAGUAG